AUGGAUUUGCCCGAGCUAGUAGCGAUUGGGAAGGAAUUAGGCCUUCAGGGUGCCGCGUUGAAAGAAUGGGUUGAGAAGGAACAGAGAGAAAGGCGAGCGCAAGAAAGAGAACUAUUGAAGGAACAGCUACAUGCGAGAGAGCAAGAACAAAUUCGAGAAACUGAAGCAGCGAAAGCUAGGGCAGAAGAAGUAAAACUUAAGAUUAGACUGCAAGAGCUACAGAACCAGGGUGCAACUGGAUCAACGCAGAGCGCUACGCGCGACGUAAGCAGCACGCUGCCCAUAAGUCCUCAUAGGUGGCUUGCGCCAUUUGAUGAAAAGAAAGAUGAUCUCGAUGCCUACUUGCUGCGUUUCGAACGACUGGCGACGGGUCAACGGUGGGCAAAAGAACAAUGGGCUACAGCGCUCAGCGUGUGCCUAAGCGGAGAUGCUUUAGGUGUGUUUGCCAGGCUGACCCCAGAAGAUUCCGCCGAUUAUGAUAAAGUGAAGCUCGCGCUCCUUCAGCGGUUCCGACUCACAGCGGAGGGGUUCAGAGAGAAAUUCCGAAGCGGGAAGCCUAUGGAGGGAGAAACAGGCACGCAGUUUGCAGCACGACUGAGUAACCUCUUCGACCGCUGGGUAGACCUCUCCGAAACGAAGCAUGACUACGUGAACCUACGAAAUUUGCUCCUGACCGAACAGUUCAUUAAGGGUUGCCAGCCUAAGCUUGCCGUGUUCCUGCGAGAACGAAAAACUGAAUCGCUGACCGAUUUAGCUAAACUAGCGGAUCGCUACUUGGAAGCCCAAUGUCAGAGCAGUCUUGGGAAAAACAAGAACGAAGAAGUGGAAGUAGUAGGAGAACCAAAACGAACGACAAACGUGAAGCAAGUACGGGACAGAGAAGAAAACCGUAACCCGAGACGAUGUUAUUUGUGUAACAAGAUAGGGCAUGUGGCCUCAGAAUGCAGAUCGCGACAAGGAAGACAAGUGGGUGUAACGUGCUACACGUGUGGUAAAGCAGGGCACACCGCAAGACAGUGUUGGGAAAAAGCACCGGCCAAGCCCCAGGCAUCGUGCAUUGUAGCCCCGAGGACGGAGAAACGUAACUCCGCAGACGACUGCAUCAGUGAAGGAUACAUCGAACUGAAAAAUGGAGUGAAGCUGCCAGUGGUGAACGCCUUCGUCUCGCCAAAAACUUUGCUCCAGGUCGAGGGUAUGCCAGUGGUAACGGGAAAAUUGGGAGAACAUCGCGUGACAGUGCUGCGCGACACGGGAAGCAAUACAGUUAUCGUCAGAAAGAUGCUCGUCAAGGAGGAAGACCUGACGGGAGAAGUAGGUCAAGUGUACUUGGUGGACGGGACUGUAAGAAACCUUCCAGAGGCGAGGAUAUCUGUGAAGACGCCGUUUUUCAGCGGGAUCCUGACGGCCAAGUGUAUGGAAAACCCCCUCUACGACGUGAUCCUAGGAAACGUGCCCGGAGCCCGAGAACCAAGCGACCCAGACCCCAAUUGGGAAUCAUGUGAAGCGACAGAUGCCGAGAGGCUGCAGACGCAACUCGUGAAGGAUGAAGAGACAGAGGAACUGAGUGCCGCAGUGGAGACGAGGAGACAGGCCAAGGAAAAGACUCAAGGGAGGAGAGAACGGGCAUCACUCCGAGUAGCGGAAAUACACGAAUGGCCAGCGCAGCCCGGAGAAAUUGCGAAGGAGCAGCAAGAGGAUGUCACUUUGAAGUGCUGUUUUGACCGAGUCGGACAGAGACUUCAAUGCCGCAAUGAAAACAACAGUUACGAGUUCGUCGUAAAGGAGGGUAUUUUGUGCCGGUUGUACCGAAUGGGAGCUGGAAAAGAAUUUCUGCAGAUGAUCGUGCCAAAGACGUUCAGAGAAGCAGUAUUGAAGCUGGCACAUGACGGCAUUAUGUCAGGGCAUCAGGGUGUGCAAAAGACUACGGACAGGGUCCUAACGGAAUUCUUCUGGCCAGGCGUACAAGCGGAUGUCAAGCGAUUUGUCAAAUCCUGCGACCAGUGUCAACGGACAACCCCAAAAGGAAAGGUGGCCAAGGUACCUCUCGGAAAGAUGCCAACGAUCGAGACGCCAUUCCAGCGCGUUGCCGUCGACAUCGUUGGACCAAUCUCGCCAGCCACCGCGAAGGGGAACCAAUACAUCCUCACGAUGGUCGAUUAUGCGACACGCUACCCGGAUGCCGUGGCCCUACCUAGCAUCACAACGGAAAGGGUAGCAGAAGGCCUUGUAGAAAUGUUCACCCGGACGGGGAUCCCGAGGGAAAUCUUGAGCGAUCGGGGACCCGCUUUUGUGUCGGAUGCCAUGCGGGAAGUGAGUCGCCUGCUGUCCCUGAAGCAGAGUUGUGCCUAA